UAAAAAUGUGACAUGUAGGACAUAUUUUAAAGAUUCAUGUCUACUAAAUGGUGGAUCACACCGUCAGCAAUUUCUCCCCGUCUUUUAUCCCUCAUCAUAUUUUUUGGCUUCCCUAUUUAUAUUUAUCUGCUCAACCAGCUUGAUAUACAUUCCAAGAAACUAAAUAAAGAGCAUAAAUGCCGACACUCUAGGAUAUCCAGCUGUGACCCUGAAAAGCAUAACUGAACCCUAACUGCGGUUAAACAAUUAACCAUGGUUACUAGCCUCAACCACAAUUAAUACCACCAUCUCUGCAACUCUCAUCCCCAUCUUCUUUGCGCCCGAGAUUCGGUGAGGGAUCUUGCUUCGCCAUGGGUGCACUUCAUAUUCUCCUGUUAGUAACGGCGUCCAUGAUUGCCGUUUCCUCCACCGUUACCUCCGCCCACAACAUCACCGCGAUUCUGGAAGGCCACUCGGAGUACAGCCAGUUCAACAGCUACCUCUCUCAGACCAAGCUCGCCGACGAGAUCAACUCCCGAAAUACGAUCACCGUUCUGGUUCUCAGUAACGUCGCUUUCUCUAACGUUACAGCCAAUCACUCACUCUCCACCAUUAAGAACAUUCUCGAGCUCCACGUCUUGCUUGACUACUGGGAUGGAAAGAAGCUCCAUGAAAUGACCAAUGGCACAAGCAGGUCCACCACUUUGUACCAGACCACCGGGAAUGCCCAGGGAGACGCCGGCGCCGUCAACAUUACCGAUCAGAAAGGUGGAAAGGUUGGGUUCGGAUCUGCUAUUGCCGGAUCGCCUUUUACCUCGAAGUUCAACAAGGAGAUUAAGACAAUUCCGUACAAUAUAUCGGUGAUUGAGAUUGACGAGCCUAUCAUUGUCCGGGCGGUCGUGGAUGCUGCGACUCCGACGGUUUCCGAUUUCAACAUCACCGCCGCCCUCGAGAAGGCUGGGUGUAAGACUUUCGCAGGCUUGUUGAUUUCUUCCGGUGUUAUUAACAAUUAUGAGAAGAUUGUCGAUACAGGAUUGACCGUCUUUGCCCCAAACGAUGAGGCGUUCAAGGAGAAGAGCUUGCCAGAUCUGAAGAAACUUAGCAAUGCCGAUCUGGUUGCGCUCUUACAGUAUCACGCCGUCGCGGGGUACACUCCAAUGGGGACGUUGAAGACCUCCACGAAGCCCCUUUCCACUCUCGCUGCUAGCGGCGCCGGAAAGUAUGUGCUCGGGACGAAGAAGGAUGGAGACUCUGUUAGUCUGUCCACCGGUGUGGAUUUGUCGAAGGUUGCUUCAACGGUGAUAGAUUCGACGCCGCUCUGCAUCUUCACCGUCGACAGUGUGCUUCUCCCUACUGAGCUCUUCGGGAAGGCGCCUUCUCCGGCUCCGGCGCUGGCUCCGGAGGUCUCUCCUGCACCAGCGCCUGAAGUUUCCGACGCACCAAGUCCGUCUGUGGCAGAUGCUCCGGCUCCCUCUCCCCCUGCUCCUCCGACCUCAUCUCCCGACGGCGCCCCGGCGGAGAGCCCAGCCGAUGAUUCCGAGAACAGCACCGGCAACCAGAAUGACGCCGGCAGCUUUGUUCCGUCACUUGUCACCGUGCUUUCAGUGUCAGUCCCGUUGUUUGCAUUCAUUUACAUGUCCUAAUCUGUCAUUUUGUAUGAUACAGUAAUUAUUCGCUUAAAUUAUUUCACCCUUUUUGUUGUUCUGCUUUUACCUUGUGUGUGGAUUUGAAUCUGGAGAGAGAGGGGUUUUCACUUUUCAUACUUACAUUCAUUUAUUUACGUGGAAAUUUAUUGUAUGUUUGGUUGAGAUUAAUUAGAAUCAAGAUAAGAUUGUUUUAGGACUUCUGUUUUGUGCUAAAUUUCGGUGAUCAGCCACCUUUGAAAUGAUCAAAGUAUUUGAAACUAAAAUAAAAAUUAUGAAUCAGAAUGUGACUCUUAAAAAUGUUUGAUGUACACCUUUUACGGAC